AUGAUCUGGGCCUGCGUUGGCACCGUGACGCCACGGCGUCGAGCGGACGCCACGGGUGCCGACAAGCUUCGCCGCCGACGAGCUCUGCAGCAAAGCUCGACUCGACGGCCAGGAGAACCGACGACUCGACGGCCGGCGGACGAGAGGGAAAGCGGCGAGAACGAGGCGACGGCGGCAUCAGCCAACCUGCGCGAGCAUUAUUCGUCUCCUGCCUCGAAGGCCUCGGGACGCACCGUCCUGGGCCUCGAUCAGUCGUGGCCUCGUCGGGGAGAGCUGGCGGCGCGCGGCGCGGUUACGUACCUGCACGUACCGGUACAUGGGCACGGCCAAAUCGACGCACGUCGGCGCGGGCUGGCGUCGCAGCGUGGCCGCAAGCUUGCCGUGCAGCGCAGGCUGCGGUGGGUAGCAGCACAUGUACGCCUGCAUGAGAGGGUGCACACGUACCUGCGACGCCCUCGGCUGUUGCCGCCGUCAUCUGUUCCUCGAAGGAACCGACUGGACCGCCGGCACGACGAUGCGCAGGCUGGGCCCGACUCGACCCGACUCGACUCAACAAAAGCAGAUGGGGGUCCCACCGUCGACAACCCAGCCGAUCGGCGAGCACACGAGUAA